GCGCUCAACAUUUUCAUUUCCCCGCUUGAACCUAAAAAUUUCGGCUUUUGGUUUGCACUAACCUAAAAAUGUCACUCUUCUUCCUCUUCCCUUCUUCAAUCUAAGACUCACUGCACUCAAAAAAUUCACCCAACUUCCAGAUUCACCGACUACCGAGUAACUCUUCGCCUCCUCUCUCCUCGAACACCCACGGUUCCGGUGGGUUACUUCACGCCGUACGUCCACCUCUCUCCUCUGGGCUUAGAGUUAGGGUUUGGUGGUUCACUUUUUUUUCCUCUUCAGAUGUCAUAUAGACGUAGAGGUGGCUUGAAUGGGAGGGGUGCCAUCAUUCGACCUCCAGGAUACCGGUCUAAUGGCCUAACAAAUACUCACAGUACGGUUGAAGAUACUCCAGAUCAGCUGCCAAAUUAUGGGCAUGUGGCAGAAGAAACCACACUGAAUCAUGUGCGUAAUUCAAGGUACCAGGCAGCAGCAAGCAUGGUACACCAUGUGCCUAAUUCCUUGAUACAGGCAGCAACAAACACCAGUCACCAAGCAGCAGCAAGCAUCUGUCACACUUUUCACUAGGCAACAACAAACACGACAAUGGAAGCAACUAACACAACUCGUCAGUUGCCAAACACAGUCCACCAGGUGCUCCGUCAAGUGCCCCAUCAGGUGCCCCACACUAUCCCCCUCCACAAUGCUGAUGUAGGAAAUAAUCAUGAGACAAUCACAAACAUAACUGAUGAGACAAGUAACCCUGAAAAGGACGAACAUGUGCUGCACCCUGAUGGGUUAUGGUUCCCCCAUCGUGCUGUGGUUAAUAAGGUUUCAGCGACAUCUUAUAAGUCAUAUUUUAAGGGACCCUAUUGCAAUUGGAAGAUGACUCCUCCACAAGUUCAACAGAGGUGGUGGAAUGCUUUCAAGCACGAGUUCUCUUGGGAUCCAUCAGUAGCUAAACUUGUUAAGAAGGGAUGGAAAUCGAAGGUCAGUAGGCGCCUUACUGGUAUAGUGUCAAAGGUAUGCAAUGAACCUGACUACCAAGCUGAAUGGUGUCCUCCUACCGUAAGGGAAGAAAUGAUUCGGAUUAGAUCAGAAGAGGAGAACAAAAAAAAAGCAGAGCAAUGUAAGAAAAAUCGGGAUGGAAAUGGAGACCCAAAGAUUCGCCAUCGCCAAGGAUCCAUAUCUACAGACGAAGUGAGGCUAAAAUUGGAAAAGAAGCUGGGAUAUCAACCAUCUCCAUCUGAGGUCUACUAUGAAACUCAUGCGGAUAGUGGUGGCUGCUUUGUUAAUGCUAAGGCAGAAGCUGUGUGGAAAGAUUUCAUAGGUAGAAAAACCGCAAAUCUACAAUGUGAAGUUGAGAAUCGAAAGACAGAAGAUGAGUUGUUCCUUGAAGCUACGGGUGGGUAGAGUGAAAAGGGAAGGAUAUUUGGUUUGGGGGCAGCUGCUAACUCUUUCUAUGAGAGACCCGGAGAUAGGAGGACCAAAAAAUCACGAACAAAUUAUGCAAUGGAGCAAAAGAGAGAGCUUGAUGAAACUAAGGAGAACCUUGCUGAAACUCAAGAGAACCUUGCUGAAACUCAAAAAAGACUUGCCGAAACUCAAAGAAUUGUGGAGGAUCUUCAUGAACAAUUUCGACUUAUUGUGCAAGCCAACAAUCUCUCGACCACUCCUACUUCUACGUCGUAGAUGGAUGACCGCAACCUUGGACUGAAGAUUGCUUUUUGGAAUGAAGGUGGUUUUUUUGUACAUGCUGUGAAGCCUGAUGUUAUUUUAUUUAGCAUGCAUAGUACUUCUAAAAUAGGCCUCAAGGUAUUAUAUUUGUGAUUAAAGGUACUAAUUAUUAACCUUAGUUAAUUAGAGGGGCUGCCUUUGUAUAGUGGUACAAGCUCCUCCACUUGUUGGCUACUUUCUAAGCUUGGUUAAUUAGAAAAAAUACUAAGUACAGGGGCAACUUUUGUGGUACAUGAUGUUACCUUUGACAUACUUUAUAACUAUCUCAACUGUCGUAGACCAUAUCCCACAAGACUUUUGGGCUCCUUUUUUUUUU